AUGCUGCUGCCCAGAGAUGAGCCCCUCCUUGGAGAGGCGGCGCCUGCGCAGGGUGACAUCAGCCCCUGAGGACCUGAGAUGCUGAGCCUGGCUCUGGGAAAGCAGCUCCUGCCACCGCUUCCAGCUCCGCAUCGCGGCAGGGCAAGGAGGGGAGAGGGAGCUGGCAGCCCAGCCCUGCGGCUGGACCCCAGGCCAGCUCCGUCCCCCCUCCUCUGCCUCCCCUCCCGUCACCUCGGGUCCCCCCAAGGAGGGUGGUGGCCCUGGCCGAGUGCUCCCAGUGGGCGGGUGACCAAAGAUGCUGCGCUAGGAGAUGCCGAUGGUGCUCACCCUGCUCGUCUCCCUCUAUAAACUGUGCCGGUUCUUCGCCAUGUCGGGUGCGGAGAGGCUGGUGGUGCCCGAGUGCGUGAGCCAAGCGGGCAGCUGGGCAGGCGGGGGCAGCUCCAGGGAGCUCCGGGAGGUUUCCCCCGGGGUGAACACAGAUGUGCGGGCAGCCCUGGACCGGAUCCUGCCCGCCCUGCACCAGGCCAUCACCCACGCCAAGAAGGCGGCUGGCCCUGCAGAGCUGAGGAAGGCCAUCGCCGAGGUCUUCCAGCUGGUGGAGGAAGCCUGGGGGAUGCCCACGCUGGGGAGGGAUGUGGCCAAAGUGCUGUGUGACGUGAUCCGCCUGGAGGGGGGCCUGGACCUGCUGCUGAACCUGCUGUACACGGCGGAGCUGGAGACCAAGUGCCAGGCAGGAAAACUCCUGGAGCAGAUCCUGGUGGCAGAAAACAGGGAUCGGAUCGCUCGGAUUGGUCUGGGAGUGAUUCUGAAUUUAGCCAAGGAGCGAGACGUUCCUCAGCUUGCGCAGAGCGUCUCAGGCAUCCUGGAGCACAUGUUCAAACACACUGAGGAGACCUGUUUCCAGCUCAUCUCUGAUGGAGGCCUGGAUGCUAUCCUCUACUGGUGCCGCUGGACGGACCCCAUUGUGCUGCGGCACUGCGCCAUGGCCUUGGCCAACUGUGCCAUGUACGGAGGGCAGGCCAACCAGCGCCUGAUGAUCGAGAAGAGGACGGCGGAGUGGCUUUUCCCACUGGUGUUCUCAAGAGACGAUGAACUAAUCCGCCUGCACGCGUGCCUGGCCAUCACGGUGCUGGCCACCAACAAAGAAAUCGAGAAGGAGGUGGAGCGCUCGGGGACGCUGGCUCUGGUGGAGCCCUUCAUCGCCUCGCUGGACCCGGAGCAGUUUGCCUGCGAGAUGUUGGGCAGCAGUGACACCAGCCAGGGGAGGACGGCGGAUGACCUGCAGCGGCUGGUACCCUUGCUGGACAGCUCUCGGCUGGAAGCACAAUGCAUCGCUGCCUUCUACCUCUGCACAGAGGCUGCCAUCAAAACCAGGCAGAAGAAAACAAAGAUUUUCAGUGAGACUGGGGUUACGCAGAGCCUGAAGAGGGUAGUGUGCUACUCCACCAGCAGCACCACCUCCUCCCUGGCCAAAAAGGUGCUGCGCAUGAUAGGGGAGGAGGUUCCUCGGCGCAUCCUUCCCACGGUUCCCAACUGGAAGCCCUGUGAGGUGCAGACAUGGCUGCAGCAGAUUGGAUUCAACAAAUACUGCCAGAGCUUCCUGGACCAUCAGGUGGAUGGGGACAUUCUCCUGAGGCUGACAGAGGAGGAGCUGCAGGAGGAUUUGGGGAUGGACUCCAGCAUCACUCGGAAAAGGUUUUUCCGGGAGCUGACAGAGCUGAAGACCUUUGCAAACUAUUCCACCUGCGACCGCAGCAACCUGGCCGACUGGCUGGGCAGCAUCGACCCCAAGUUUCGUCAGUACACGUACAACCUGCUGACGUGCGGCAUCAACCGCAACUUCUUGCACCGGGUGACGGAGCAGCAGCUGCAGGAGGACUGCCACAUCCACACGGGCUUCCACCGCGUCCGCAUCCUCACUGCUGCAAGGGAAAUGCUUCAUUCCCCUAUAACGCUGCAAACUGCAUCCAAUGGGACUGAUGUAUUUAUCAGCUACCGGAGGAGCACUGGGUCGCAACUGGCCAGCCUGCUGAAGGUCCACCUGCAGCUGCACGGCUUCAGCGUGUUCAUCGAUGUGGAGAAGCUGGAGGCAGGGAAGUUUGAGGACAAGCUGAUCCAGAGCGUCAUGAGUGCCCGCAAUUUCGUGCUGGUCCUCUCGCCAAAUGCACUGGAUAAGUGCAUGGAAGACCCCGAGUGCAAGGACUGGGUGCACAAGGAGAUUGUGACAGCCCUGAACUCUGGAAAGAACAUUGUACCUGUUACAGACCAUUUUGAGUGGCCGGACCCAGAAACACUUCCCAAGGACAUGAGGGCUGUCCUGAAAUUUAAUGGUAUCAAGUGGUCUCACGAGUACCAGGAAGCCACAAUCGACAAAAUCAUCCGCUUUCUCCAGGGCCGCUCCUCCCGGGACUCCUCAGCUGGGUCGGAGAACGGCCUGGACUGCUUGCCCUCCCUGGGGCAGACCUAGAACCAGCACAGCUGCCUCAUCCCCUCCACAGACUCCCAGGUGACCCCUUUUUUAUGUGGGGCCAAAUUUCUCCCUCUCGAUUGUUUUCCCCAUUUUAGUACCCUGGCUUGAGACAAGGCCUGUGGCUCAUUAGCCCCCCUUUACCCUCCAAACGCAAGCCCUGGCGAGCCAAGCCAGAGUGGACUCUGGGCUGGAUGAGUUGUCUUCCACAUCCUCCCUUGGAGCGGCAGGACACCCAAGCUCUGCCUCCCGCAGUGCGGAGGGUGAGAGGAGACCGACACUGCCCAGUCCCCCACAAAUGGCUGCAGCUUCCCCCAGAAACACGUCCAAAGAGGAGGGAUCUUCUGAAGAUCAAAAACUGGGGAACUGGGGAGGGGUACUUUGCAAGAGGACACACAAGAGAGAAGAGAAGUUGAGAGGGAACAGUCCAUAAGCAUCGCAUGGUCUCUCCUGAGUGCCACAGGAAUAUCGUUGUGGUCAGAAGCUGAGAGCAGGAAAGGGCAAAUAAAAGUUAAGCCCUAACGAAAUCCCCAUGUUUGGGAAAGAUAACGCACAGAGGCCUUCUAAACUGCUCAGCAGCAGCAGCUUUCUCUUUCCCAGGAAUGGCCCUUUAUCACUUGAGCUCACUCCCUCCUUGAGGGCCUUUCACCUCCUAAUGCUGCAAAACCACUUUGUGCUCUUAACUCUGGCGACGGAAGUUUGGGCUUAGAUCACAUGAAGCUUCCACUAGGUCUUUGCAAAAAGGGCUUUUAAAACAACCCCCCUUCCCUCCCCUUUAAAGCUGGUAAAGCUUUACCACUUUAUCAGGGCUAUACUUACAGGGCAUAGGAGGCUGCAUGGUCACUCUGUAAAACAUACAUCCAUGCAGAUACAGAAGAUGCUAAUUGCUGUACUGUACUUGUGGAGUUGUUAUACACGGGCUGUAUUUUAUUCUGUUGUUGGCACUCCACAGCAGAUCUCCCCUUCAAACAGGAGCUGGUGUAUCUCUUUGCUGAUUACCACUCACCCCUGACUGCCCUGCGGGGCGCCUCAGGCUCAGCGUUGUCCCUACUCUCUGCUGGAUGCAAUACCAAAGUCGCAUUCUUUUCUUUCUACCGAGCUCUUCUCAACACCCACCAGAUCUUUUUGCAGCUACUCACCUUGCAAUAUUAGGAAAGAGCGAAGUUGGUGCCAAGGGCAGGCGGAGGCUGGUGGGUGUGAGUGCCAGCUGGGAGCAGGACUGGCAGCACCAGCUGCUAACCCACUGCAGGUGAGGAACCACUGGCUCCCUGACACACCUCCUCUGAGAUCUGCACUCCCUGCCCUGUCCUGCUUCUCACACCCACUUGGAGGGUGAGCAGGCUCUCAACAACACACCAUUUUGCAAUUAGGACCAGAAAUUGCAGCUCCUACCUGAGCUUGUCUUUCCUGAUGCAGAGCAAAGCGAGUAAUGCAAAAAGACAUCCUUGUUCAGAGCACACAGAGGAGGAGGAGUGAGCCAAGUCCAGGGAACAGCAGCCUGCCCUGACACUGAGACCAUCUGCAGGGCUGAGGCACCACCCCGCAGAAGCAGCAAGCUCCUCUACUUGUCUCUGCUCAAGAUACCUCGACCCUUUCAGGAGGUAAUGAGAACUCUCAGCCACUCUGUCCUUCUCCUGGCUCUCCCCAAAGCCUUGCUGUUUGCCUUAACUGGCAGGAGCACAAAUGCAUUUUCUUUUGGCUUAGAUCCAUGAACAUCUAAGGAUAAAAAAAAAAAAAAAAGUUAAAUUCUGGUGCUUAAUCACAGCUUUAUGGAUAGUUCUUAUAAACUCACAGUUAAUGGCAUCUUUGACCUCCAGUGGAAGGUGAAUAGCUCUAUCUGCCCAGCAUUCAUCAGAAUCUAUCUAAUCUCCAGAUUAAAUAUGGGGAAGCCAACAGAUGAGCCCAAAGGUGAAUCUGUCAAAGGAUAAAAGCCACUUGUGAGCUGCUUCAGGGAAAAGUCUUGAGUAACUGAUUGAAUGUCAAGGUCUCCAUGGCCACUGAAGGAGUCCCACACAAACAGUCCUAAGGAUUUUUCUCCCUACAGUAAUACACACUAAAACUAUUGCGCCCUGUUUCCCAGGAGCUCUCUAGCAAUUAACCUCCUCACCCACCAUUCAAGGUAGAGAUUUACUUGUCCUCUACAGCUUCCGUGUCUCACCUACAGUGAGAUCCCAUCUCAUGCUCUGGCUGCCCAGGCUGUGACUGUUCCUGUUUGCCCAUCAUUCAGCUAUCUUCACCUUAAUGAACUCAUCCUGCUUUUGACAAAACAUCCCCUAACCAGCCCCUUCCUGUUGGAACACACAGUCUCAAGGAACUAAAUUCUUCUGUUCUCACCACUCCUUAUUCCUCUGCUACGUCAUGUCAGAGUGUUUAAAGUUGUUCUAUCAGACAUUAUAAAUAAAUCUGAUUUAUACUCC